ACGUUUUGCAAACGCAAGUGGUUUGUUGCAUCCCCAUCACCGCUUUUAGUGAUAAAUAAAAUGCAUUUUUAAUCAAAAAUUGACUACACCUGCCCUGUGGUACCUUAGCUGGUACCUGAUUCAAUCUGAAACGCUUUGGCUGAUCUAAGAAGGCGAGAGUACCGCCGAAGAACCAAACGGUGAGCGGCCGCAGUCACAGCGGAAUCAUGAUUCUUCGGUUAACGAACCUCGCACAACACGAAAACUGUUGUUUUGGCCGUUUUGUUUUCGAAAAUUCGCGACACAUUUCAACCGACUGAGCGCAGUGUAAAGGGCAGAAACUAGGAAUAAACUGCCGAAAAAACCCGGAUUAAUUUCGCGUGCGUUCAACAUUUUUGGUGAAAGUUUUGUGCGAUUUGUGGACCUGCAAAGGUGGAUUGAGAACCAGAUUUUAUGGAUAAAGUGAGCUGUAGAACUACAACGUGUGAACUUCAGAAAUGACCUCAACUUCUUCGACUUUGGACAGUCUGCCGAAGCAAUUUGUGAUCGCGAUGCGUACCUUAUUCGAUAUCAUGGACGACAAGCAAACUGGCUUUGUCAAUUUCGUCGAUAUAGUUUCCUCAAAUUCGCCUAAACUUGCAGAAGCCCGAUGGCAAGAUGACGAUUCCAAAGGUUUACCGAAGGGAGUUUUAGAGAGUUUACGAAAAGUGACUCCGCCCAACGGCAUGCUAAGUUUCGAGCGAUUCUGUGCCGGUCUGAAAAUUUGCCUGCUCAGAAACCAAGUGGAAAGACGGCCAGAUGCCAGCCAGGGAAAAGUCCCCGAUAAGACGCCCCAUGUGACAAAUCGGCCGCCUUCGGCCCCCCUUUUGGACCUGGUGGACAACAGUCAAGCCCCCAAACACUCAUGGGGCGCAAAUAACACGGCAGCCAUUCGGCCUAAUAACGUGAUUCCUCAGCAGAACGUUCAAAGAACGCUCAGCAUGCCCCAGCUGAAAGACCCGGCAACUCAGAACGGGCAGGGGUUUGAAAAACUGCCCACCAUGCCAGGCAAACCCCCACUCUAUGGCCCUCCGAAGCCUCCACGAACAGCCAUUGGCAUGGAACGCUCCAAUGGAAAUUGCGGCGGGAACAUCGACAGGGCGGAGAUACGAACGGCUUUAGCCAAUUGGCAGAUGGGGUUGCUGACUAACCAGGACCAAACGACCAAGGAGAGCAAAAGAAUACCCAAUGGAAGCACGCAACAGGGGUAUACAGGCUUGCUUCGCCCCAGUCGAAGCUUAGGGGAUGGCAAAGCGGCAGUACCCCUGGAGGCGCCACUUCAGGGCCCUUUGCCGAUACAGGGAAUUUACCAGAAAAAGCCCAACGCCAAACGGCGCGAGCCCCGAAGGCACACGUUGCAAAACGGCAUUGACUACAACAUGCUGAAGAAAAUGAAGCAAAUUGAGCAGGAAAAAGAGGUUCUAAUGACCGGACUGAGUGCAGUGGAAAAAGCUCGCGAUUGGUACUUGAAGCAAGUGGCGGGCGUCCAGGAAAAAAUGAAGUAUCUGGGAAGAAUGGGCCAUCUGGAAACUUGGUCUGAAGCGCAACAAGAACGCCUAGAACUCCAAAGGGCCCGAGUACUGGAAGUGAACAGGCACUUGGCUGCUCUCACCGAAAGUUGGGAACGAGGCGGUUUGCCGCUUCACAUGAACUUAGCCGUCCAUCAUUAUCCACCUCCGCAGGAUUUAACCGACAGGUUGAAGCAGCAAAAUCGAAUGCUCAAUGAGGAAAUAUCGAAGAAAAGCGACAAGAUAGCAGCAUUGGAGCGCGAAAAAGCCAGUCUAAUCCAAGUUUUACAAAUACGAUCUCAACCAGCUAGGAGUAAUGGAAAUGAAGAAGUCGUUUUCUAGUACUAGAUAAUUAAUGUAAUUUUUGAAAUGCGAUUUUCCAUUAAACCCUUAGAAUGAAACUGUGCAAGCAAAGUGGUUUCAUGAAACUCAAUUAAUCUGUAAAAAUUGUGUUACCCAGUGCCAUUUUACAUAUGUGAAACGAGAAUCAGUCUAUUUUCUUGUUAUACUUUGGUACCUACAACUAAACCCUAAAUUGUUAACGGAUUAAAUAUAAAUGUUUAAGUCG